AUGACUGUCCCUCUUUUCGACACGGCGCUUCUUCGUUCUCCUCCUUUCCUGUCCAAUGCGCAUCUCCCUGCCGAAGAGCGCGCCAGGAUAUCUUAUGAGCGCGCUCGCACUAUCGCGGCGUCAGCAGGACUUGAACUUGAGGACAUUGCGCUCCUGAAGCCUAAGUUCUGGGAGCUUCAUCUCAAUCCUGUGCUCAUCUACGACGGUGCCGCUGCUACCUUGCUUACGAUCCAGUACAACUUGGUCCUCGGAACGCUGGCCCGCUAUGCAUCUCGUCAGCCUCACCUUCUCCCUCUGAUGCAGGAUCUCCUAUGCUACCGUAAACUUGGACAAUUCAUGCUCACCGAGCUUGGACAUGGCCUGGACGCGGAGAACCUCGAGACUACAGCAACUCUCCUGCCUUCAGGAGAGUUUAUUCUACGCACACCAUCACCUCGUGCGGCCAAGUUCAUGCCACCGACUGCGCCGGUUGGGACACCUACCAUUGGCAUAGUGUUCGCUCGCCUUGUGAUAGACAACACGCCUCGCAAGAUCCGUCCAUUCGUGGUGGCUCUCAACGAUGGAUCUUCAAUGUGUGAAGGCGUGACAUGCAGGUUGAUGCCUUUGCGAGGAGGCACGAAUCCGGUGAACCACUCCGUGACCUCAUUCGACAACGUCGUCCUACCGGCGAGCGCUCUCCUCGGGUCUCUCGAGCAAGACCGGCCGUUCGAUGACCUCAUCUGGCGCGUCGCAGUCGGUUCUCUAGCUCUGGGCACUGUCUGCGUGAAUACGCUGGGGAUGGCGGCUACCAUCGGACUUCUCUACAGUCAACGUCGCAUGGUCACGGACGCCAAGGGUGGCCAUAUACCCAUCUUCCAUUUCCGAACCCAGCAAAUACCCAUCCUUUUCGCGACGGCACAGGCAUACGUAUACAAGGCGCUAUCUCGAUGGUCCACGUCCUAUUUCUCCAACCCCUCCCAUGAUCCGAGGGCUCGCCAAGGGGUUGCAGCUGCAGUGAAAGCCGUCAUCACCAAUCAUGCAUUGGCAACACUCAUAGCAGUCUCCGACCGAUGUGGCGCGCAAGGACUCUUCGAAGUUAAUCAACUCUCAAGGCUGUUCAGCGAGGUCCGCGGAAUCGCUAUUGCUGAAGGCGACAUCUUGGUCGUCUCUAUCCGCCUGGCUACAGAACUUGUACUUGGCCGUUUCCAGAUGCCGCAGCCCAUAUAUCCCGAUAGUCUCCUUGCCCAACAUGAGAAGGCGAUCUAUACCGAGCUGACAGACACGUUGGCUUCGGUGGCGCACCACCGCAGUGAGGGUGUCAACAAACGCGUACUCCCGCGUUGCCUCGCUUAUGUUGAAGCAAUCGGACAUCGACUAGCCUUCGAUGCCGCUGUGGCUGCAGGCGUGCUGCCCGAGCUCGUCGAAGUCUUUGUAGCCGACAUCAUCAGACGGGACUCAGCCUGGUUCUCAGAAGCAGGUCUGACACGGCGCGAACAAUUGGCCCGGGAGGAGUCUGCGUUCGACGCCCUUCUUCCUCACAUUGACACCCUUGUCGACGAGCUCGGCGUCAAGCCCUAUGUCUCGGCUCCCAUCGUGUCCAACGAGGCUUGGACGGCGUUCGCCGAUGGUUUGCAGGCAUCUGGCGAGCUUCGGACCGAAUCAGUCCUUGCGUUUAAUCACUCUACCCUAUCAGCUCGCUUGUGA